ACGAUCACGUGGACUUGCACGCGCCACCUCGAUGCCGGACGGAGACGAGGCGGUAGCGACGAGGGGCAGGUAGAUGCGAUGAGAUCGGCUUAGAGACCGAGAUCCGAACAACAGACCGAGAUAGGCAGGUCAACGGCGCAGCGACUCAACUUCGUCUUCCUCCCUCUGCCUGCCUUGUUCUUCUUCUGGCCUCCCUCCCUCGACGCGUCGUCGAAGCAGCGGUGGGUUUUUUCCAUCCAAACGGCGCGAAUCAGGCGGAGGAGCAACAAGCAAGCGGGCAUGCGGUGAGGCAAGCCCCGGCAGAGGAGGCUAUCCUGGCCAGGGAGCUGUUGUUGGAGAUUGUCAUUUAGUAAAAGCACCUCAUGGCAAGAAUCAAACCACAAGCAUUGUUACAACAAAGCAAAAGGAAGAAGGGGCCAACUCGAAUAUGUUUGACUACUGUUCUUACUUGCAAACUUGUUGUCAUCUUGAUUGUGUUAUCCCUAUAUGCGACUUACAAGCACUGGUAUCGAAGGUCAAGCGAUGAACUAAGGCUUGACUUGCACAAUUUUGAGCACUCAGAAGCCUUUGGAGAAUCAAAGAAAUACAAUCUUCCAAGUUAUGCGAUUUUGAAUACUGCCAAAGGUUCAAUAACUAUGGAGCUCGACAAGGAUGCCUCUCCUGAUGUUGUGGGCAAGUUUGUUGAGUUAUGUCAAAAGGGUUAUUUCAAAACGAUGCCUUUUCAUCAUGUGAUAAAGAACUAUGUGAUUCAAGGAGGUCAUUCUCAAAGAAUUGGAGCUGCAGAAGACUGGAUAUUGAAAAGAAAGUCCCACAGUCAACUUGCUAUAAGUCCAAAGCAUGAAGCAUUCAUGAUUGGGACGACAGUGGCUAAUUCAGAUGAUAAAGGAUUCGAGCUUUUUAUUACGACAGCACCAAUUCCAGACUUAAGUGACAAGCUUCUUGUGUUUGGACGAGUCAUCAAGGGGGAGGAUGUGGUCCAGGAAAUUGAGGAAGUUGACACGGAUGAACAUUACCGGCCCAAGUCCCCUGUAGGGAUCAUUGACGUUACGCUAAAGCAGGAGCUUUGAACAAUGCUGAUUUUUUUUCAUCCACCUCUGAAUUUUUCUGCACCCAUCUGAUGGUCGUCUGCAUGCUGAAAUAUAAUUUUGCCAUCUGAAGGGCCGCGUCCUCUGAGGCGUCCCGGACAUGGCUUCGACUGUGUGAUGCUGCGCUUGGACCGAACCGGCCUUGUAUGGUAGUAAUGCUUUCAAUUGGUGCAUGUACAAAAUUAACUGAGGCAGUUGGUUUCACCGCAGUUUCUGCUGCCAAGCUUAUGAACCGUAAUUCUCCCAUUCCUUUAUAUGUUACAUAAUGAUUUCGGCCGAAUAUUUGGCUUUGUGCAAGGCUUGAGCAUGGGAAGAUUCUUUACCUACCCUUGUUAUAUGAUGUCUUACUUUUGACGGAA